GAUUUUCCCCUUCUUUUCUCUCUUCACAGCAAUAUGCGUAUGAGUGUGCUCAACGACGCCCUGCGCGUCAUGACCAACGCCGAGAAGCGCGGCAAGCGCCAGGCGAUGAUCCGCCCCGCCAGCAAGGUCGUCGUCAAGUUCCUCCAGGUCAUGAUGAAGCACGGUUACAUUGACGAGUUCGAGUUCGUCGAUGACCACCGCGCCGGCAAGAUCGUUGUCCAGCUCAACGGUCGCCUGAACAAGUGCGGUGUCAUCUCCCCUCGCUUCGAUGUCAAGGUCAAGGAGAUCGAGAAGUGGGUCAACAACCUGCUUCCCUCCCGUCAGUUCGGCCACAUCGUCCUGACCACGGCCGAUGGCAUCAUGGACCACGAGGAGGCCCGUCGCAAGCACACUGGUGGCAAGAUCCUCGGCUUCUUCUAUUAAGCGUCUUGUCGCGUCGCUGCUGCUGCGUCUCAGGAGCAGGACUUUGUUUUGUGCAAGCCCUUCCAAUGCUCUAGUCCAUUGCUCCAAUGCUCUAGUCCAGCAAUGAGUUCAGCUGAUGGGGUUGGACCUUGUUGUGAGGCUACAUCCCAUCUCUGACGGCGAUUUGUGCCCUGACUCUUGAACCAUAAAAUUCAAAUGGAAGAC